GGUCACGCCUGUCUGCAAGGAAGACGAGUUUCUCAUAAUUGCCUGCGACGGCAUCUGGGACUGCAAAACGAACCAGGAGGCUGUGGACUUUGUGCGGGCCCACCUGGCGGCUUCUCGAAAAGAAAAAGCUGAAGCCCUCAGAGAUGCAUGCGAAGCUCUUUGCGAUGCUUGUCUUUCCGAAGACCCCAUUAAGUCUGAAGGCCACGGCUGCGACAACAUGACGGUGGUGCUGGUGGGGCUGAGUGCGGAGUUGAAGGGAAAAGUCUCGCGAGCAGCAAAAGCCAAAAUUUGUCUUUACGGGGGGGCCCCCGACCUUUACCUGGGCCAGGACGAGGCGGACUACGAGGCCCUGGACGACGACGACUAG